GCGUGUUAACUAACUGCCCUCCUUCCUCAUACAACAUGGCGCUGAUGUUGGCACCGCUGAAAUGCGGCAUUCACUUUCAAAAACGAAAACUAGCGCUUCUCAUUCGGCAGACGAGCUCGUAUCAUGUAUGGAAUAAAAGUCGUAAUGAGCCGGGGGCUGGCCAUGCACGCCAAAGCACAUAUCCGGUGAGUGAGGACGGGGCUGGUCAGAGAGGACACGGUGCUUUUAGCCACCAGUCAAGUUCACCUCCACACCUACGAACGGCAACAUGGAGCACCAACAGGAGCGAAAAAAGUCGUCAGAUUUUGGAAGCUGCAAAACACUUACAGGUGACAGACAAACGGACAUGUUGGCACGGAAAUGCAGGCGGGGGACUAAGCGCAGACCCAAAAAAUGUGCUGAAGGAGGUGAAUUCAGCUCAAAUCCUGUCUGCGAUGCUGUCUUACGUGUGGCCGAAGGAUAGACCCGACCUGCGAGCCCGUGUUGCACUCUCUCUGGGCCUGCUCGCUGGAUCCAAGAUCACCAAUGUGAUGGUGCCCUUCAUGUUUAAGUAUGCAGUGGACGAGCUUAACCAGAUGUCGGGACACAUGCUGAACCUAAAUGACGCGCCAAGCACUGUGGCUACCAUGGCAACGGCCGUGCUGAUUGGCUAUGGUGCCUCACGGGCUUGUGCAGCCUUCUUCAACGAGCUGAGGAACACCGUGUUCGGCAAGGUGGCCCAGAGCUCCAUCCGACGCAUAGCAAAGAACGUCUUCCUGCACUUGCACAAUCUGGAUCUGGGUUUCCAUCUCAGCCGACAGACAGGGGCGCUGUCCAAGGCCAUCGACCGCGGCACGCGGGGGAUCUCUUUUGUCUUGAGCGCACUCGUCUUCAAUCUCGGUCCCACGGUCUUUGAGAUGGCCCUCGUCAGUGCCAUUUUGUAUUACAAGUGUGGCGGACAGUUUGCAGCAGUGGCCUUGGGUACCUUAUCAGCGUAUACCAUUUUCACAAUUCUCGUCACACAGUGGAGGACUCGUUUCAGAAUAGAAAUGAACAAAGCAGACAACGAAGCAGGCAAUGCAGCUAUUGACUCGCUGCUCAACUACGAGACUGUUAAGUAUUUCAAUAAUGAAAAGUACGAAGCUGAAAGGUAUGAUGGAUUCCUGAAGAUCUAUGAGUCAUCCUCUUUAAAAACCACGUCCACACUCGCCAUGCUCAACUUUGGUCAGAGUGCCAUCUUCAGCGUCGGCCUCACCGCCAUCAUGCUGCUCGCUAGCAAGGGCAUUGCAGCAGGUACGAUGACGGUGGGAGACCUGGUCAUGGUGAACGGGCUGCUCUUUCAGCUCUCCCUCCCUUUAAACUUCCUGGGUACAGUGUACAGAGAGACCAGACAGGCCCUUAUAGACAUGAACACUCUUUUCACUCUGCUCAACGUCGACACCAAGAUAAAGGAGAAGGAUCUCGCCCCACCAUUAACCAUCACACCACAGGAGGCCACCAUCCGCUUUGAGGAUGUCUAUUUUGAAUACCUGGAGGGCCAGAAAGUCCUAAACGGAGUGUCCUUCGAAGUACCUGCUGGGAAGAAGGUGGCUAUAGUUGGCGGCAGCGGGUCGGGGAAGAGCACCAUUGUGCGGCUUUUGUUCCGCUUCUACGAGCCCCAGCGGGGGAACAUCUACAUAGCGGGGCAGAAUAUCCGAGACGUCAGCCUUGACAGCCUGAGGAAGCUUUUGGGGGUUGUUCCUCAGGAUGCCGUUCUGUUCCACAACACCAUCUUCUACAACCUGCAUUACGGGAAAAUCAACGCCACGCCAGAGGAGGUCUAUCAAGUAGCUCGUCUAGCAGGCCUCCAUGACGCUAUCCUCAGGAUGCCCAAUGGCUAUGACACCCAGGUUGGGGAGCGGGGCCUCAAGCUGUCAGGAGGGGAGAAGCAACGGGUCGCAAUCGCACGGGCGAUACUAAAGAAUCCGCCCAUCCUCCUGUAUGACGAAGCAACCUCCUCCCUGGACUCCAUCACUGAAGAGAACAUCCUGACUUCAAUGAAGGAGAUGGUGAAGGACAGGACGUCUGUGUUUAUCGCCCACAGGCUUUCCACCAUCGUAGACGCAGAUGAGAUUAUAGUGCUCAAUGAGGGUAAAGUGGCGGAGCGAGGCACCCACCAGGCUCUGCUCAGCACCGCUGGCAGCCUAUACGGAAACCUCUGGAACGCUCAGAACAGCAGAAUCCUGAACAGCAGCAAGAACUCGGCCGAGCCGCGGGCCGAGCGGCUGUCCCAGAAGGAGGAGGAGAGGAAGAAAUUGCAGGAGGAGAUCCUCAACAGUGUGAAAGGCUGUGGGAACUGCUCCUGUUGAGAGAAGCUGCCACCCACCAUGUUUGUUCAUCCCUCACAGAUGGCCUACACUGGAAUCCCUGGUCUGCGUGCUAUUGGGCAGGCGGGUACAUCCCCCACUACCCCACUACCCACUCCAGCCAAAACCCUGUUAUUAUGACUAUCUCUCCUCCUCUCCAUGGAAAUAAAGGCCAGCGCUUGCCAAAAUGGAGGAGGAGGAGCAGGAACAGGGAGCAAGAGUGUUUAGCACUGGCUGAUGUCCAGAGAGAGAGAGAGAGAGAGCUUAUAUGCCAGUUGUCUCAGCUGAAGCAAAGCAUAAGAGACCUUGUAUAUCACAUACGUGCGUGCAAGACAUCUGUUAGUCAACAUGGUUGCCCCCUCCUCCUCAUUUUUUUUUUUGACAUCAGGUUUAUUGACAUCUUCCUCUGCUCUGGAAACAGAUGAGCGUACAUGUAAUGACUUUCAUAUGCCUUGAUAAUGAUGCAGUUUGUAUUGAUAUGAUUUUUAAAAACAAUUCUUUACAAAAGGAAUGAAACUUAGGUUUGGUUUUUAUAUACAAAGGGUGUAUACGUGCAGCAGGCUGUGCUGCAGUAUGUUUGCCCGUCACGUUGUUCUCGACAUUUAUUCUGAAAAUGUGAAGAUGUGCAGAUGAUCUGAUCCCAGUAGAAGGUGAUAUAUGUAUAUUUUUUAUCUUGUUUGCACGAGUUAUUUUGUGCAAACAAGUUCAUUAUCCUGUUCACACAAUUAUACGAUAAAACUGACUUGUGGAACGUCAAGGCCUUUGUACAUCAUUUAGAUGGCGGCACUCAAAAAAACACUGAACAGCUCCCCCGUGAACUGCUCGUAUGUCACGGUCACUUUCAUGUAAGCAUAACACUGAGACUAAGAGGAAGGAACUCUAAUAAAUCAUGGACGGGUCUCACUACAAUUUGAGCUUCAUUUACAGGUAACAUCUUAAAAGCAUUUUUUUAACCAUCAUAUCCCUUAGCCUUGGUUGACAAGCCUCUUCUGAUGCAGUUAUUUGGGAAGAUUGAUAUUUUUUUGAGUGUAUGACCAAAGUAAAGACUCUUUCCGUGUGAAGGUUACGUGUAGAUUUGGAAAGACGGACAGUGCACACACACCCUCUCUUUCUGAGGGUUGCUUUAGUUACGAAGCAUUUUUUUGUUUGGACCAUUGCUAUAAUUUAUCUAAAAAUGAAGAAAUUUAUCACUGGGUGUCUUUCACACUCUGCUUCAUAGUGCUUUGGACUAUGUUGGUGUGUUGGUACAAUUCAGAUUAAUAAAUGUUGGCUUUUCUCUAAAUAACAAU